UUGUGUUGAUGGUGCUUCCAGUGUUAAUGAAUUACUACAAAAUACGGAAUUGCUAUUAAACGAUCUGUUUCCGGUGUCUGUAACGCGAUAAAACGCUACGGCAACCGCGGGAGGAAAAUUAUCUCCUCGUUACUUUAGCUACCGCGCGCGGUCACUGCGCACAUUUCAGGCUUCGGCGUUGCGUCAUUUUAAUCUUCGGAUGACGUCACAGUCGAUGAGCGUUGACGUCACAGAGCAGCGCACAGGCGCAGUUGCUAGCGACGCGUGCCCUCUGCUUGGAUCAAAAAAUUCGCGAUCCACAGCAAUAAUGAAUGGGGGGACGCGUGGUUUGUCCCAGCGCAGCACACCAUUCAUACCUUGAUAGCAAUAACAAUAAAACAGGGGGGAAGAGUGACCUUCGGCAUUUACACAGAAUAUCAUUCCGGACAUAUUUUGAUACUGUAGCCGCACAGAUACUCCAACUGUACUCUUCCACUCGGACAUUAUAAAUAAGUGAAACUGCAGAACAGAAGUGCGGAAGCGCCUGUCGAGACGAGGGGCCGCGCGACACCAAGUCGCUCCGCGCGGACAUCAGUUUUACAUGACAUGAUAUGUCAUGUGACAAUGAAGCACGUUGUCCUGUGACGGUGUUCGGGGCUUCGUCCCUCGUCCCGGGCCGGAUCCCGCGUCCGUGAGGCCGGUUCCCGGAGCGCCGCAACAGCGGCGGGCGGGCGGACGGACGGAUACGCCGGAGCGCCGCACGGAGCUGGAGACGGAGGAGCCCGUGUCUGCGCGCGCCUCCCAGUGUGACAGCCUGCAGGCUCGGACGGAAAGAGAGAUUUCUCCCUCCCCCACGGGCCUCGCGGACACCGAAGCUGCCGGUCACUGCAACGCCAGUCCGAACGGAACCUUCUCUGUCCUCCGGCCGGCUUCUGCCGUCUUUCCCCUCUCGCUCCAAAAACGGUCGAUUUGCCCACAGUAAGCAACGGGACACCGACGCGCCGGACGGACAGGGAGCCGCUCUUGGUCCGGGACACCGGAGGACUCCCGCUCUGCUCUGCUCUGCUCACAUCAGUUCGGUUCGGUUCGGAUCGGAUCGAUGGAAGUAAGACAUUUCUGCGCCUUCCGGGGAACCAGCGAGCGAGUCGACAACGGAAGGGACACUUUUCACUCACUCUGGCGCCGCUCUGCUCGCACUGAACUAAAACAACAACGUAAAGCUGCCGAGGAGCCGAGAAAGCGCUGAGGACCGGGGAGCGGGACAGGAGACCGGACUGGACCGGACCGGACCAUUCAAACCCGGGAAAAGUGGCACCUAGACAUGAUGAGCGAGAGCGAUGAAUGGUCCGUCCGUGUGUCGCGGAAUAAGCGAUAACUACGCAGAACGAACAGUUUUUUCUCCAUAGUGUAGUGUGUGUGUGUGUGUGAGAGAGAGAGAGAGAGAGAGAGAGAGAGAGAGAGAGAGCGAGCGAGAUUAACCAGGCUUGGUUGCUAACGAAGCGCUAGUUGACCUGCAGUGCCCGUUUAGCAUCCAGCUAAUGCUCCGCUACGGAGCGCGCGCUCCCGUGACACACAUCCUUCUCCCGAUCGACUAGUUGAGGGGAACAAUUGUUCACGUUAUUUCUCCUGCACUUCUGGUCUCUUUUUUUUUUUCCGUCACACACAGAAAGAACUGCUUCAUUUUCCAGUAGCGCUGCUCUAAUACAGUCGGGGAAACGGGUCCCCCAGUGACUGUUGACAGGAAGAGCAAAGUUGGAUGUACUUUUCCUCUCUCUGUAUUUACUGUUUAUGAAUGCCGGAGCCUCGUUUCCCCGGUGUGCGAGCGGUGUGCGAACGACGGUCCCUCAUGUUGCGCUACGGUGCCGCUCGCUGGAAGCAGGAACCCCGAGCGAGUCUCCGGACGGAAUGAGCUGCAUUUCGACGCGUUCGCCGAUUUUGCCCUUAAUUUUGUCUGCAUCUCGGAGUCAAAAUGACUCGCGUGGGUCUCCGGCACCUCGUGUCUGCGGCGAAACAUGAGGCCUGCGGCCUGUUCGUGCGGGUGACAGAAACGGAGCUUUUUAACGGGACAAAAACGGACUCGAGCUGAAGGGAAGAAGAGGAGCUUCUCGCUCGCGCCCGGCCGUUUUUCCGGCACGAGAAGUAGCAGCAGCAGCAGCAGCUACGACUCCAUCCCGCCUGCAGUCCACGUCCGCCGGCGUUAGCAUGCUAGCUAGCUGACAGCGCACUCUGAGGCGAAAGCGCCCCAGAACGAGAGGGACGUUCGCGCCGCUGUGUGUUUCAACUCUCACUCUGUCUCUUUUUUCGGACUGUGCCACUUUUGCCUGUGUGUGUUUUGAGCGGCCAUGGCCUUCCUGGACGGGCCGCGACUGCUCGACUGGGCCAGCUCCCCUCCGCACCUGCAGUUCAACAAGUACGUGCUGACGGGCUACCGGCCCGUGUCCUCGGUGCACGACUGCGUGCGCAGCCUCUUCUACCUGCACAACGAGCUCGGCAACAUCUACACGCACGGCAUCCCGCUGCUGUGCUUCUUGGUGCUGCUGCCCCUCAACAUCCCGUGGUCUCAGAUCAGCGUCACGUGGCUCGGCGUGGUCCACUUUCUGGCGUGCCUCUCGCCGCAGCUGGGCUCCGUCGUCUACCACCUGUUCAUGAACCACGAGGGCGGAGAGUCCGUGUACCACACGCUGCUCACCCUCGACAUGUGCGGCAUCUGCAUGAUCAACACUUUGGGUGCCCUACCCAUCCUGUACAGCACCCUGCUCUGCUACCCGUUCAUCCGCAGCACAGCCCUGCUGCUCUACAUCCUGCUCUCCAGCUACGCCAUCUACUGCGCCAUCACGGCGCGCAACAACGUGCGCCGCCUGCGCUCCUUCGCCUGGCAGGCGCUCUUUCGCUUCUCCUUCUUCGUGCUGCGCUGGGUGGGCGUCGGCGGCGGCGCCCCCACCUCGCUGCGCCACUUCCUCACCAUGGACUCGCUGGCGCUGCUCGGCGGCAUCAUCAACAUCAGCCGUGUCCCGGAGCGCUUCCGGCCGGGCCUCUUCGACUACUGGUGCAACAGCCACCAGAUCAUGCACGUGCUCGUCGUCGGCUCCAUCCUCUACCUGCACUGGGGCGUUCGCGACGACCUGCUCUGGAUCAACAGCUACCACUGUCCCCCGGACUGACGCCGCACGGGGGUGGGGUGGGGGGAUGUCUUUUAUCAGGUGACUCGUGGAAUGUCCCCGGGUGGGCUUUUCACAAGUGUCCCGGACCGGUCGGAGGACGCACGCCUCGGCGUGAGCCUGGUGUUUGGGAAGGCGUGUUCAGGAAUCACACACACACACAGACACACACGCACAUACGUACCAGGCUCUCGGUGACCCUGGAGAAAAUGCACUGGAACUACUUGAGCAGCUCCUACUUGAGAACUACUUUGCUGAGAAUGUUUCCUUGGUCCCCUGGAAACGGUUGUGUGUGAAGGAGGGAGCUGAGGGGGCCGAGUGUGUGAACUCAGCCCGUUCACGUUUACGCUUCAUUCUGCCGUGCGGACGACGGCUGCCCUCCGGCGCGCGGCUCGGCUCCGAGUGCACGGUGCCGCAAUGGAGCUCCGGGAUGCGCCCUUCUUGCUCCGCGUGGCGUCCGGCGGCCCCACGGUUCCAUCCUUCACUUUUUAAAAUUUAUUUAUUUAUUUUAUUCACUUGUUUCCGCUCACGCGCACACGAGACGCUCCUCUCUUGUGAGCCUCAACGGGUUUAGUUUUAAAGUGCCGUGUCACAGGUGGCAAUUUUUACCUUGAUGUUACCAGCGCCGACGAGUUUGGAGCGAGUAAAACAGUGUCGUCGCUGGACGCCUCACCUGAGUUCUUCACCUUUUACUGGCCGCAUGCCAAAUAAUUUUUCCCCAACAGUAUCAGAGCUUUCCUUUCAGGUGUUUCUCCUGCCCGAGCGGGUGAGGGUUGCCGUGGUUUACUGCGUUCCACCGUGUUCGUCUGUGGUUGCGACAGUCUUCUCCGCAGCUCACAGGUCGGAGAGGAACUGGCACGGGGACGAGAGUUUGAGUGCAGGGACGCUCACCGUGACCUUGACCUCACGACCUUCUCCCAGUGACGCACCUCGCGGCCGCGCUGCAUUCUGGACCGAGUCGCUCUGGAGGACAGGAACCCCACAAGUCCACAGCACUUAUAGAGCUGGACAUAUUGAUGUAGGAAAGUGUGCGAGAUGUGUCCCCCCAGAGUCGCUCGUCAGCUUCAUCGUGCUGAAACACGACUGCGUCCCUGGGGCGUUCGGCCACUUCCGUGUCGAGUUGCGUGUCGCGUGUCGCUUGUCGGGAGCAGCCACUUUCAGCACUUGAGGUCUGGAGUCGGGUCGCUCGCACACGCACCCAGUUCCACCUCCGGGUUAUCACGUGACAGUUUCUCCUUCUAAUGGCUGGUGACUGUAGCGGAGAACACGGGCACACGGGCACACGCACACACACACCACACGCCCAACCCUUAGCUGAUGGACAGGGCAGGAGGAGCAAUACACAGGCAAUACAUGAAUGUCUCAUCAGAUGAAACUGUACUGUUGACUUUUGUGAAGGGCUUUGGGCCAAAGUGAGUCACUACCUAGGUUAAAGUCCAGCAGGGUAAACGUGAGUGUGUGUGUGUGUAAAUACAGAAAUAUGCAUUAUUUAUUCCACAUCUGAAUUUUAAAAACAAACCGAAGUAGGGGUUGCGGAAUCGUUGACCAUCAGCAGCAACUCCCGUUACCGUGGUGACUCGGAGACCUGGGUCUGUCGCUUCGCCAUUCCGCCGCCUCCGGCAGCGGCAACACGACUGGACGCAACCGUUGACCGUGUGCUUUUUUUAAUCGGGGACAUCGGAUGCUAACGCAGUCGCGAGAGAGACAUGUCCACAGGGCCUCUGUCCACCUGAGACGGGGCACCAUCUCUCGUAGCCAUACGUUGAGGUGCCAUUGGUGCGGCGUGCGCUGGGGGACAGGACGGGAGACACCACGGGUGCGAAUACCUCUGAUCACCACACAGUAUCUAUGCAUAAUUCCAAACAAACAAGAGGGGGACGUGUCCGCUGCACCGACGCGAUCUCUAAUUUCGGAACAAGCGUACGACUUGGGACGACGACACGUGUCGUGGGCGAGCCUCCUGUCUCAGGUUUCUUCGAGUUUUAUCGCAGACACUUUGGUCCUUUUGGUUUCAGCAGACCACCUGGGGGGUAGGGUGGGGGUGGGGGUGGGUUGCAUAUUUCCCAUUUUCCACAGAUGCGUUUUACACUUUUUAUAGAAAUGGAACCACGUAAUGAGUCCUUGGCUGUUCCUCGGCCGCACGUCCACUCGUUGGGAACAAGGACGGAAGCGAUGUGUGAACACAUGAACACACUGGGUCUUUUUUUACAGUACACAGGUGCCGGAUACCCUGUCUGAUUGUGCGCAACAUAUGGAUUGUCACUGCUCUUAUGCUCUUCUUAUUGUCAUUAUUACCCGCAGGGUGACUAGUACUAAUAACAAUACUGUUUAAUAUGUGUAAAUGUGGGAGGUGCUCCUGUUCGGCUGGGGUCUGUCUGUCUGUCUCUCUCUCACUCUCUUAAUGGACAGUGGCCUCUUCCUCCUUUGAACCUCCGUCAUGAUCUCAGCAUCUUUGGCGUUGUCUGUCCCUCCCAUGCACUACUACCCUGCGGGGCCCGGCCCACCGCACCGAGCUCAUCCACGCGUGAACGGCACCGUGGCGGAGCGGCGGUGUCUGCGUGGGCCGCGCACCGAGUCCGAGUCCCUUCUUUUGCGUGUAACACUGAGCCCCUUUGCCCAACGUGUCACCGUGUGAUUGUUGUGCCACAUCCGCCCUCCCUGUUCACGUUGCGCGUUUCAUUUCCGAGGCAACGGCAGACCCCAGCCGUCACGCUCCUGCGACGAUUGUGCAAUAAACCGAUGUCUAUAUUUCUAAA